AUGUCCAAAUUCGGCGUGCUGGUCAUGGGCCCUGCUGGUGCGGGUAAAACCACAUUCUGUAAUGCCGUGAUCCAACACCUCCAGAGCACUCGCCGGAGCUGUUUUUAUGUCAACCUGGACCCCGCCGCAGAAAACUUCACAUACGAACCUGAUCUCGACAUCCGAGACCUGAUCACUUUAGAAGAUGUGAUGGAAGAGCUACAGCUUGGCCCGAACGGUGGUCUCAUUUACUGCUUCGAAUUCCUCCUUCAGAACCUAGAAUUCCUCUCCGAGGCCCUGGAGCCAUUGAGCGAAGAAUACCUCAUCAUAUUCGAUAUGCCCGGCCAAAUCGAGCUCUACACCCACAUCCCUCUCCUACCCUCCCUCAUCCAGUACCUGUCUCGCCAGGGCCCCUUGAACAUCAACCUCUGCGCCGCAUACCUACUCGAAAGCACCUUCGUUGUCGACAAGGCCAAAUUCUUUGCUGGCACCUUGAGUGCCAUGUCCGCAAUGCUUAUGAUGGAAAUUCCUCAUGUGAACAUUCUCACCAAAAUGGAUCAGGUUCGGGAUAUGGUCAGCCGCCGGGAACUGAGGCGUUUCACCAAUGUGGAUAUGCAAUUGCUAUCGACUGAGGAGAACGAUCCAGCUGUGAGCGCCAACCCAAUGGCCAAGGAUGCCCUGAUGAGUGGCGAUUCCUUCAGUCAACUCAACCGAGCCGUGGCACAAUUAAUCGAUGACUUCAGCAUGGUCUCUUUUCUACAAUUGGAGGUCCAGGAUGAAGACAGCGUUGCGGGUGUUUUGAGCCACAUCGAUGAUGCUAUCCAAUACCACGAAGCUCAGGAACCCCGGGAGCCCAAGGACGAACAAGAGGCCAACUUCGCAGACGAAUAA